AAUUAAAUAUCCACCUCCACCCGCGAUAAAUCGAGCGAUACAUAACCUUAAUUUACAUUUUCUUACGUGUCGGUUUUUUUUUUUUUUUCAACACAAAUAAUCAGCUUCAAUUUUCUGUCGUAUCAUUAUACUAUAUCGAUUACUGUCAUUUUGUUUUGUUGUUUAUAUUUUAAUUUGUUGUGUUAAAAGUUUAGACUUAUAUCAAUCAAUCAAACAUGGAUAAAAAUAUUGAUCAGCUGUCUUUACAAGAGGCUAAAGACUUGCUACGUAAAUGGCGAGAAAAUUCAGAACGUAAAAGUCGUGAAAUUAUUGACAUUUGGGAAAAUGUUUUGGUUGCUAAUGCAGAAAAACUUGGCAAUGAAAAAUUAUUGAUAUUUGAGCAAGUUUGUGUUGCUGCACUUGAUUGUAAUCGUCGUUGGGCUGAAUAUUUGAUAAAAGAAUUAAUGAAAGAAUUUCCAGGUAGUUUAAGAGUACAUAAAUAUCAUGCAAUGAAUCUCGAAGCAUUAGAAAUGUAUGAUGAGGCAUUAGAAGUACUUGAUUCAAUUAUUAAAAGAGAUGAAACAAAUGCUGCACCAAGAAAACGUAAAAUUGCAAUAUUAAAAGCUAAAGGUAAAAAUACUGAAGCAAUUAAUGAGUUAACUGAGUAUUUAAAAAUGUUCAUGAGUGAUCAAGAAGCUUGGCAUGAACUUUGUGAUUUAUAUUUACAAGAACAAGAAUAUGCAAAAGCAUCAUUUUGCAUGGAAGAAUUGAUACUUCAUAAUCCACACAGCCAUUUAAUAUUUCAACGUUAUGCUGAAAUUAAAUAUACACAAGGUGGUGCUGAUAAUAUGGAAACAGCUAAGACAUAUUUUGCACAAGCUGCCAAGCUAAAUCCAAAUAAUAUCAGAGCUCUUUAUGGAUUAUUAUUGACUGCAAAUAAUAUCGCUAAUUCAUCAAAGUGUCCAGCAUCGAAAAAAAAAGAUGCAAUCAAAUUGAGUGAAUGGGCAGCAGCUAAUAUUGAAAAACAAUAUAAAUCUAAAACUGAUAAUUCUGAUGUUAAUUGUAUUCAAGAAUUUUUAGAACAAUUAACCAUUGAAGCUUGAAUAAUAUUUAUAAAAUUAUUGAUACUAGUCUAAUUGAUAAAUAACAUAAUUAUUAUUGUUAAUUUCAUUUAUUUAAAUGAAUAUAUAAAAAUUAAAAAAUUUAUUGUGUAUUGUCUUUAUGACUACACUUGAUAAUUUUUUUUUUUUUCUUUUAAAUAAUAAGCCACAAUUUAAUGUCAAAAAAACGUCCAGAUCAAAUUAUUUUUUUUUGUCACACAUUCCUUGAAUUCAUCAAAAAUUUACUAACAAAAGUAUCAAUCAUUUUAUUAAUUAAAUAAAUUUAUAACUAAUUGAGCAUAAAAUAAAUGAAAAAAAAAUCUUUUUUUAAUUGUUUAAAAAUAAAUUGUUGUAAUUCACUAUGAACAAAAAGUUAUUAUAAAAUAAAAAAUACAAAUUAAA